AUGAAAUGGUUGGCUUGGGCCAGAGAGGAGGUGAAAAGCGGCCGAGCGCACUUUGCCUCACGUAGUUGGUGCAGUGCCUCGAACUCAGCAUUUGCUAACCGUAUCGAGGAGCAUAUUGCUGAGAAGAGGCAACGGUCGACAGAGAGCGAACCGAAAGCGCCAACAAAGAAAAGAAAGACAAAAGACGAGGCUGAGAAGCCAAAAGUCAAGCGAGCGGACGACAAGCCGACAACGUCCAGAGCAGCGGCGGCAUCUAAUGAGGUGGCAAAGCGACACUUGAUCGUGGCUCUCAUUGACCGCAGUAACCCGCUGGGACAGAUGUCGCAGGAGAGGUGGAAAGUAGUCGAAAUGAAGCUACUAGAAGAGCUCUUCUCGAGGAUGGACGCCGAUCCUAGCGCACCAAUGCCAAAGUGA